ACUAAUGAAACUAGUUCCAAAAAAGGAAAAAAAAAUCUAUAACCUUUCAGCUCCUUGUAUCUGAAGCUACUCAUUAACAUGGAAACAACAACCCAGUUGCAGAAACUGAAAGAAGAAGAAAAAGUAGUAGUAGAAGAAGAAAAGCAUGUGAUUCAAACACCGCAAGAGCAUGAAGAAGAAGCUCACCCUUAUGCAUUUCAUGUUUCCGGUCCUCGGAAUUUAGUGAAUCUUAAUUGGAGAGAUCUUAUUAGUUCUAGUUGGAAGGAUUCAAAUUACAAGAGAACAGUUAUUGCUUGUUUUAUCCAGGCGGUAUACUUGCUCGAACUCGAUAGACAAGAAAAUCGACAACCAGAAACUGCUCUAGCACCAAACUGGUGGAUUCCCUUCAAGUACAAGCUAACAAAAACACUGAUAGACGAAAGAGACGGUUCAAUUUUCGGCGCAAUACUCGAAUGGGACAGAUCCGCAGCAAUGUCUGAUUUAGUAUUAAUCAGACCAAGUGGUGCACCAAAAGCUGUUUUAGCACUAAGAGGAACAUUACUCAAGAGCCUCACAAUGCGAAGAGACAUCGAAGAUGACCUACGGUUCCUCGCUUGGGAAAGCUUAAAAGGUUCCGUAAGAUUUAAAGUAGCUUUCGACACACUAAAAGCCGUUUCUGAUGCAUAUGGUAGUAGCAAUGUUUGUGUAGCAGGACAUUCAUUAGGAGCUGGUUUCGCACUUCAAGUCGGGAAAUCAUUAGCAAAAGACGGUAUCUAUGUAGAGACACAUUUAUUCAAUCCACCGUCUGUUUCAUUAGCUAUGAGUCUAAGAAACAUUGGUGAAAAAGCCGAGUUAGCUUGGAGGAGAAUCAAAUCUAUGAUUCCUUCACGCAACGAAGAAGCUAAUAACAUCAACAGCAACGAAAACAACAUAAACAAGAAGAAUUGGAUGAUGCCGUGGUUAACUAACUUGAAGAACAAUGGAUUUGGUGUUGGAAAAUGGGUUCCUCAUCUUUAUGUGAACAAUAGUGAUUAUAUAUGUUGUUCUUAUAACGAACCUGAUAGAUCAAACGAGAAAAAUGAUGGUGGUGGUGAUAGUAAUAAAGAGAAUGUUGGUCCGAAUAAUAAUGGUUGUCAUGUUUCUGCGAAGCUGUUUGUUGUGAAUAAGGAAAAGCAGAAGUUUCAUGAAGCUCAUGGAUUGGAACAAUGGUGGUCAAAUGAUUCUUUACAGCUUCAGCAGACUAUUCAUACUAGUAAACUCAUAAGUAGGCAGCUUAAAUCUUUGUAUACAAAUGGUGGUGGUGGUGGUGGUAGUGGAAGUGGUUCUUCUUCUUCUCAAGUUUUGCAGGGAAAGACAAGUAAAUAAGGAUUUGAUCUCUUUGGUUACAAAUUGAAUUCAUUUACAUACCAAUUUUUUGCUUGUGUUUUUGCUUGUGUAAGUGUUGAUAUGUUGUUAAUUUUUUCUUUCGGUUUUUCUGGUUUAUAGUUUUGGACAAGUUGAAGGUUCUUAUUAUCUUAUAAUAUAGUAUACAAGUCAUUGUACUGUAAUUGCAGUUUUGAAGUCUAAAACAAAGAACAGGAUCUGUCUUUUACUUGAAGU